UUAGCUUCCACUGACAAAAACCCGUGUUGAACGGAUCUGGGUUCGACUAUUUUGGUCUUGCUCGGAGGCAUAAACAGGAAGUUGAUUGUCGAAGCAGCAGCAACCGAUUAAAAACAACGAAAGCAAUUUUCCCAAAAUGUCCCGCUUGUUCUUAUCGCGUCGUUUCUGUGGCAGAUGCUCAGCUUUACUGCCUCUCGAUUGCAGUUUAGGAACGCGCGUGAGCCUGCAGGCAAACGUUGUAACUCUCACACAGAGACGACUUCUAGUAGCUGGACGAUCGGUGCUGUUUAGAAACCAGUCAAAGUCGAAGGUUUGGAUGAUCUGUGGGGUCGGUGUUGGAAUCGCUUUAGCUGUGGGACUCCAGUACGGCUCGUGCGAUCAAACAGUUGGAAAGCCUGCUGACACUGAUCGGUUCAGGGGCGCCAUUAAGGUCAGCAGAGAGCUUUUGGAGCGGAUAAAGGGUGAGGUUGGAGCUCCUGGAUUGGUGGUUGGGGUUUCUGUGGAUGGAUCUCAGGUUUGGAGUGAAGGGCUCGGUUACGCUGAUCUGGAGAACCGUGUUCCAUGCACUCCAGAAACGGUGAUGCGAAUUGCCAGCAUCAGUAAACCCUUCACUACUGCAGCUGCCGCACACUUGUGUCAAGAGGGCAAACUGAAGCUGGACGUUCCUGUCCAAGAAUACGUCCCAGAGUUUCCCCAAAAACACUUUGAUGGAAAAGUUGUCACUAUAACCCCUCGUAUGUUGUUGUCACACCUCAGUGGUAUCCGCCAUUAUGAGAAAGAUUUCAACAAAAUCAAAGCAGGCAAGGCAAAAGCUAAUGAACCUCUGAGGAAACCAGUGAAAGAGGAAGAUGAGAUGGAGAAACACAAAGAACAAGCAACAACAGAACACUGCCAUAAAGGCAAAGAUUCUGCUCAGGCUCAAAAGAAAAAAGAGUUUGAGCAUGAAGAAUAUUACUUAAAAGAAAACUUUGAAAGUGUCACUCAAGCACUUAACCUGUUUAAAGAUGACCCGCUGGUUUUUGAACCAGGGAGCACGUUUCUCUACUCCACCCACGCCUUCACGCUGCUCAGUGCCGUCAUAGAGCGUGCUGCUGGCCAGCAUUUUCUAGACGUCAUGAUGAACAUGUUCCGUGAGCUGGGAAUGCUCAACACAACUCCUGAUGAGAACGACCGCAUUAUUUACCGCAGAUCCAGAUUUUAUCAUCUCAACAAAAAAGGACGUGUUGUGAACAGCCCUUAUGUGGACAAUUCCUACAAGUGGGCAGGUGGUGGUUUUCUCUCCACAGUGGGAGAUCUGCUGCAGUUUGGGAAUGCCCUGCUCUACAGCUACCAAGUGGCCCAUCUUAAAGAUGCUGAAGGCCUUCUUCCCGGCUUCCUUAAACCCAAAGCUGCAAUUGAGAUGUGGACUCCUGUUGACAAGACGGAGCCUGGCUGGGACAAGGAUGGACUGUACGCACAAGGCUGGCUCGUAGUGGAGAAGCUGCAGAAAUAUGGCCAGUGCAGGAAGCGCAGGCACUAUGUGUCACACACCGGAGCAGCUGUGGGGGCCAGCAGCGUCCUCCUAGUGUUGCCCAGUGAGGUGGCAGAUCAGAACCCCGUCCCACCCCGAGGAGUCGUGGUCACCAUCGUCACCAACAUGCAGUCUGUGGGACUGAACACUACAGCCCUGAAAAUUGCACUGGAGUUUGACAAAGCACGAAACGCUACAGAUUAAUGUCUUUUAUUGUGCCAGUUUACAUUUCAGUGUUUGACACACAUUCAUUUUGAGGCCAUUUUUUCAAAAACCCGUCUUGUGUUUCAGGAAAUAAUUUAAAUAUAUUUAAAUGGAGGAAUUUUAUGUAAACUAAGUAUCUCAUUUUCAACGGCAAAGGUGAUUUUGCAGGUGUCAUACUUACAUUUUUUCUACAUGCCAAUUUCGAAAUGCACGUUUUAAUGUAAAUACAUUAAAAUGGUCCUGGUGUCCACUACAGUUGACAUUCAUUAAACGCCUGCUGUUUUAAAGCAGAAAACAU